UGUGCGAAUUUCAUGUUAAGGACACACAAACAUCCUCUCCUGAGGAAGACAGUGGGUAUUGAUGCUUGGUCAAAGGAAAUAUUUGAUAAUAGUUAAGGAGUUAACCUGCCGACACAACUUGUAUAGAUUAUUGGACGUUUCGCCUGGCCAGCUUCCCUUCCUAGUGCAUCUGGACAUUAUUACAACUAUUUCAAUAUGUGGGUAAAUAGCAUUGCACAUCAGCAGAGAUUGCUACUGAUUUGGGCCAGAAGAUUAUACAAACCGGAAUCAAUCUCAAGAGUGGACUCUUAUCAUGUCUCAGCCUCUGUGCUGUGCUCAGAGGACAGCAGCAGCAAACCUGUGCUGAAGAGACGACGCAGAGUUUCAAUAAACUCCUCCGGGGCCCAACACCAACCUGGGGAAUCUGAUGGAUGGCACACACAGGAGAGAACUGUGAUAAAGGAGCCGAAUCAGAGGUGCUGGGUUGACAGCAGAAUGUCAUCGGAACUCAGGAGACUGAGUAUGGAGGAUUUCCCUGAGGAGAAAAAAGAGAGGCUAGAUGGAGAGAAAAGGGAGAAGGAGAGGAUGGUGGGAGAGAAGGAGAGGUUUGGGGGAGAGAGGAAGGAGAGGUUUGGGGGAGAGAGGAAGGAGAGGUUUGGGGGAGAGAGGAAGGAGAGGUUUGGGGGAGAGGGGAAGGAGAGGUUUGGGGGAGAGAGGAAGGAGAGGUUUGGGGGAGAGGGGAAGGAGAGGUUUGGGGGAGAGAGGAAGGAGAGGUUUGGGGGAGAGAGGAAG